UCAAACAAAGGGUACCCAUCGAUUUCAGUUCCACGCCGUCGAUGAUCCUGGAGAAGAUCAAAGAAGCCGGAAUCGAAUCGGUGGAAGGCGAUCGGGAAGUGAAGACACAGGUUUCGUUCAGGAAACCGAGUUACAACAACAACGAAUCAGUCGACAUGACCAACAAAAUGGACUCGCCCAGGUCCACCACUAAAGGGUCCAUCCCUCAACUCGACGCAGCGGGUACGUUUGAUUUCGAUGAUGACGACGGUGAGACUGCGCAGAACAUGCGCUCUCCAAAACUCAAGCAGUCGAUCGAAAACAACGAAGCCAACUGGGAAGAAAACUCCGGCGGGAUUUGGAAAUGGAGCUUGACCGGCAUCGGAGCUAUUUGUUCCUUCGGUGUUGCUGCCGCCACCUUUUGUAUCAUCGUAUUCGGAACUCAACAGAGGCAAAAACAGCAUCAACUGAACCAGAAGCUGCUGUUUCAUCGUUACACCGACGAAAAGAGGAUGAAACAAGUGGUUCAUCAAUCAACAAAAUUCAAUGAAGCGAUCUCAGCAGUCAGAGGUGCUCCAAUCACCAGGGCUCACAUAGCAUUCGGUGGUUACUAUGACGGUAUUUAAAGCCGUCUCCUGGAGAAUCAUCAACCGCUGUCCAUCUCUGUUUUUUGUUCAUAAGAAAAAAGGUAUAUGAUUGUUAUAUUAUAUGGAUUCUGAACACUGAAAAUUCUAUAUUUUUGUUGUGUUUAAUUUAGCCACUUGAAGCAUGAUUUGAUCAUAUAUGCAAGUAUAGCUUUUUAUACUGCGGGAGUUGAUGUUAGUGAAAUGCCUGCAAAUUCUGCACUUACUAA